AUGAAUGUCCUUAGAUACCAGACCCCUACGGCUAUCCGCUCUACAAGAUGCAUACCUCGAAGUGUAACGAAGAGAUGGAACUCAAUAUCACAACGACAAGGCUCAGAUCGAGUGCGCUUUCCUGGUGCCAUCGACAGCAAAUUCACAACAAAUCUUGACUUUACGCGACCUUCAAACAAGAAAGCCAUGCCGACUUAUCGUAUUCUUGAUCAGGAUGGUGUGGUAGUCGACAAAUCAAGAGAGCCUUCCGAUAUCUCGAACGACCAUCUCAUCAAAAUGUACAAAGACAUGCUGAGCGUGAGCAUCAUGGACCUCAUCAUGUUCGAUGCACAAAGACAAGGCCGCAUCAGUUUCUACAUGGUAUCAGCAGGUGAAGAAGGCAUAGCAGUAGGCUCAUCAUCCGCCCUAGAUCCCAGCGACCCAAUCUUUGCCCAAUACCGUGAGACUGGAAUCUUCAAGUACCGUGGCUUCACGCCAGCAGACUUCAUGAACCAACUUUACGCCAACAAGCACGAUCCAGGUUUGGGUCGCAACAUGCCAGUCCACUACGGAAGCACAAAAUAUCACAUCCACACCAUCAGUUCACCGCUAGCUACUCAGAUCCCACAGGCUUCUGGUGCGGCCUAUGCGGUCAAGAUGCAGAAUGCCAUGAACCCCAAGGACACACAGCGUUGUGUAGCUUGCUACUUUGGCGAAGGUGCAGCCAGUGAAGGCGAUUUCCACGCAGCCUUGAAUAUUGCCGCUACCAGAAAAUGCCCUGUCAUAUUCAUCUGCAGAAACAAUGGUUACGCCAUCUCCACGCCUACACUUGAGCAAUACCGCGGCGAUGGCAUUGCAUCCAGAGGUGUAGGCUAUGGCAUCGACACCAUUCGCGUCGACGGCAAUGACAUUCUCGCCGUCAGAGAAGUCACCAAAGAAGCUCGCAAGAUGUGUCUCGAAGAUGGUGGCAAGCCAGUCUUGAUCGAAGCAAUGAGUUAUCGUGUAUCGCAUCACAGCACAUCCGAUGACAGUUUUGCCUAUCGCGCCAAAGUCGAAGUCGAAGACUGGAAACGCAGAGACAACCCCAUUACUCGUCUGCGCAAGUGGAUGGAAGGAAAGGGUAUAUGGGACGAGGAAAAGGAGAAAGAAGCCAGAGCUGUUCUGAAGAAAGAAAUCCUGGAAGCGUUCAAGCAGGCCGAGAAGGAGAAGAGACCGGCGCUGAGAAACAUGAUGGAGGGUGUAUACGAGGAGUUGACCGAAGAGCAAAAAGAGCAGAUGGAAAAGCUGAGAAGUAUCAUCGAGAAGUAUCCUGACGAGUACGACGUCAGCGAAUACGAAGGUGGACUCGACAGCUUGAAAAACUAG